GCGCUCUGCGCCGUGGCGAGGUCUUGGGCGCUUACCUUUCCCUUAUUCUUAGGCAUGGUGACUGAGUUACUGUGUAGGCUUGCGGCGUAGUUGUUGAAUGUCUGUUGGAGAAGUUGAAGUUAUUUGGAUAAGUCCGCUGAGAGUUGUGGCGGGCUUUUAAGUUGUUGUGGUUGUGAAAUGGACUGGUGGAUUGUUGGCGGGGUGGACUUUAGGCUUGUGCGUCACAUGCGGAUCGCCGCUAAAGUGUUUGGGCUCCUUUGUUUCCAAGCGAGAAAACUGGUCGAGUUUGCAAUACGAUUGUUACUCAUUAGAGUCCUCGAAACGUCCUCGAUGCUGCGCCAAUCUGCGUGAGCAGCUAUGGCUCAUUAUGACUACCAAGACCCUCUUUAAUUUGUCAUAAUAUUCCUUCCAGUCCUUACCAUGUCGAGACGGACAACAUUACCGGCAGCUCUUCGCCCAAAGGCUUCAAACAAAGGAAACACAAUCCUCGAUUACCAUGCCUUGCUGAAUUUCACGCCAAAAGUCCGUAAAGGAGAAGCAGCCAUAAGCCUCAAAUUCAGAGCUGAGCAUUGCUACACCCUCAAUGCAAUGAGAUGGACAGAGAACUCGCAAGUCCAAAGUGCGAUCUUGUCCUCAAUACAUCUCAAACGUUGGGCUGAACGAACAGACUCUUUAUGGUGGUCUGCCCUCUCACACAUGGCUGUUGGAAAGAGAACGGUACGGAGCUGGUGUGCAAGAAGGUUGAGAAACGCUUUCACGGAAUCAUUGUGGAAAGAGGGAUUCGCACCAGAUGGAUCCACGUUACCUGGUUCGAGGAGGAGACAACCGAUGAUCGGGACGGCUAUGCUUGGAGCAACGCCACCAAUCUUGAAGAUAAACAAUGAUGCUUUGAUUGAGCAGACGGAUGCUGCAGUCAAGCAUAUGAUCUGGGUGAAUUCUAGGGAUCGAUGGCAGAAGGCGAAUGGCCACGAGGCUACAGAUGUACAUACUAAAGGUGUAUAUAAGCGGGGAUCACAAGGACGUGGACCAAACCCAGGUGUAAGAACAGAAAGAGCGAUUUUUAGAUAUCAAAGCUCAUAAAAUUCCACUACAAUUUAAGCUCUAUUUGUAUGUCAGCGACUGUUAACUGUUCACUCAAUUUCAUUCAUG